AGAACGCGCGCCUGCCCAGGAAGUCAGACUGGCGGAAGUGGAGUGACGGAAGCGACAGUUGCUAUGGAGCUCGCGGAGGACUGGCUGGUGGAGUCCUUGCGCUUGUACCAAGAUUUCCACGCGUUUGACCUUUCAGGGGCCACUCGAGUCCUUGAGUGGAUCGGUGAAAAAGGAGUCUUUGUUGCUGGUUUUGAAAGUUCGAAAAAAAAUGAGAUCCUUCAUUUGAUACUGCCGCUCAGACUCUCUGUAAAGGAGAACCAGGGUUUAUUCCCGGAGAGAGAUUUUAAAGUGUGCCAUGGAGGAUUUUCAGACAGAUCUGUCUUCGACCUAAAGCACGUGCCAGAUACCAGGUUGCUGGUGACCAGUGGCCUUCCUGGGCAUUACUUGCAGGUGUGGCAGACUGGAGAGAACAAUGAUGUCAUCGAAGCCGUCCGUACCAUUGAUGUGCAGGACAGAGAGGAGAGUCUCUGGCCUCGGAUGUCUGUCUUCUCCUCUGCAGCACCUGGAAUCCUCCACGGGGCUCGGCUCAGUGGCCUGAGGACGGUGGACAUAGAAUCCCAGAUCACAUACAGCUCAGGUACCAGUGACAGCGAGUUGUUGAGCAGCCUUCAGGUUCUAGAUGCGGACACCUUUGCUUUCUGUGGCACCUCAGGCCGCCUGGGGCUAGUGGACACCCGCCAGAAGUGGGCACCGUUGGAGACUCUCAGCCCCAGCCCUGGCUCUAGUGGAGAAAGGUGGUGUGCAGACGUUAGGAACAAGGGGCAAGGCCCGGGGCCCUGCAUUGCCAGCCUUGGCUCAGAUGGGCAACUCCGUCUCCUUGACUCCCGGAACCUCUGUUGCCCUGUGAGCUCAGCCCAGUGCCCCGUGUCCAAACCCAGCCCUGACCCAGAGCUGCUGCGAGUGACUUGGGCUCCAGGCCUGGACAACUGCUUGGCUAUUUCAGGCUUUGAUGGGACAGUGCAGAUCUAUGACGUCACGUCAUGGGAUGGAAAGCAAAGCCAAGUGGAGCCUCUCUUCACUCACAAAGGCCACAUCUUCCUGGAGGGAAAUGAGGUGGACGCUGCUCCUCUGGUCACCACCCACACCUGGCACCCUUGCAAACCCAGAACUUUGUUGUCAGCGGCAAGUGAUGCCUCUCUGCACGUGUGGGACUGGGUGGACCUCCAGGCCUCCAGUUGACAGCAGCCGCUUCCCUCAUGGGCCUCCCUCUGAGAAGAAGGGGAGUUGCUCGAGUGAGUGGCAAGGACGCUGAGUGACCACAGGCCUGUCACAGCUGUUGGCUUCAGGCAGGUUAACCUGUCCUUGUCCCUUUUUCAUCUGUAAAAUGAAGGUGGUGGUGGCUGCCACCCAGGAAGGUCACAGGUACCCGAGAACAGUUGGUAGGGUGUGUGGCGCAGCAUUGAUUGGAAGAACUGUUGGCUCCAGGAGCCCCUCCUCCUAGUGUGAAGUGGCCUGCUGUGCUCCUGUCUCCUUCACCCAUGGUGAGAACAGGAGAGUGUGGAUGUGGGCGUGAACUCUUCACAGAAGGAAACAAUGUCUAAGGGCCAAUAAACAUUGAAGAAAAACAGUAACAAGCAAAUAGCUACUAGUUUAUUUUGUUAUUUAGUUGUUGGGCAGGGGAUUGAUCCAGGGCCUACUGUGCUAUGUCCCAACCCCUUUUAAAUUUUUCGAGUUUUUCCUGAUGUGUGUGUGUACGUGUGCGUGUACAUGUGAGUAUGGGCACUAGGAAAUGCUGGCAAGGUGGGUUCAUUCUGAGACCUCUUUGCUUGCAUCCUGCUGUCUGUGUGCGCCAUGAGCUCUGUGCACGCUGGCAGACUGGAGUGCACACACCUUUCUCCCUGUUGGAUGGGGGCCUGACCUAGUGCUGUGAAGAGACUCCAUGACCACCGCAACACUUACAAAGGAAAACACUUAACUGGGGCUGGCUUACAGUUCAGAGAUGUAGUCCAUUAUCGUCAUGGUGGGAAGCGUGGUGGCACCCAGGCCGACAUGGUGCUGGAGAGGAGCUGAGAGUUCUACAUCUGGAUCCACAGGCAACAGGAAGAGACACUGGACUUGGCUUAAGCUUCUGAGACCCCAAAGCCCCACCCCCUGUGACACACUUCCUCUAACAAAGCCACACCUACUCUCAGGUUACACCCCCAAUAAUGCUGCUUCCUAAGAGCCUGUGGGGGCCAUUUUCAUUGGAACUGCUACAGGUCCCAUCC